CACUCGCCCCACAUCCGGGUCUCCGUGAGUGCCAGCGCGGUGCGGCCCCGUGUCUCCGGCUCUCCGCCGCCUUCCUCCUCCCCUUCUUCCUCUUCUUCUUCUCCUUCUCCUCCUCCUCCUCCUCCUCGGGCCAUGCCGCCCGCCGGAUGGUUCCUGCCGCUGCUGCUGCUGCUGGCGGCGGCCCGGCCGGGCCCGGCCGCCGCCUCCGAGAUCACCUUCGAGCUGCCCGACAACGCCAAGCAGUGCUUCUACGAGGACAUCGCCCAGGGCACCAAGUGCACCCUGGAGUUCCAGGUGAUAACCGGAGGGCAUUAUGACGUAGAUUGCCGGUUGGAAGAUCCCGAUGGCACAGUGUUGUACAAAGAGAUGAAGAAGCAGUACGAUAGCUUUACUUUCACAGCGUCCAGAAACGGGACGUACAAAUUUUGCUUCAGCAAUGAAUUCUCUACCUUCACGCACAAAACCGUGUACUUCGACUUCCAGGUUGGAGAAGACCCACCUCUGUUUCCGAGUGAGAACAGAGUUAGCGCUCUUACUCAGAUGGAAUCUGCCUGUGUUUCAAUCCAUGAAGCUUUAAAGUCUGUCAUCGAUUAUCAAACUCACUUCCGCCUGAGAGAGGCGCAGGGCCGCAGCCGGGCGGAGGAUCUAAAUACAAGAGUGGCCUACUGGUCCGUAGGAGAAGCCAUCAUCCUUCUUGUCGUUAGCAUUGGGCAGGUAUUCCUUCUGAAAAGCUUCUUCUCAGAUAAGCGAACCACCACAACCCGCGUCGGCUCCUAACCUGUGUUCUGAAACAAUGCUUCAUGCCCACCCUCCCCCUCCCCAGCUGUAAUUUUGCGGGUCUCCACUUUAUUGUAGGUACAGAAGAACUACAUAUUGGCAGCCCCUUAAAUAUCUUGCUACCUUUGUUCAGAAAAGAUAAUUUUUUUUUCUUUUAAAAAAAAAAAAAAAAAAAGCACCUCAAGGUGUGGAAAGGGAUGUCUCUCUAUUCGAAGUGUUUGAACAACCGUGGAACUUUUUGGACCUCUCACGUUAAACGUGCUCCCUAGGGGAGGUGCUUUUUUCCUCGUCCGUCUCCACUCUCGUCUCUCCGAGCUGGGGUGUGUCGUGUCUUUCCAGCCCGUGUCCGAGGAAGCUGAUCAUUUAGAAUAUCUAGAUUGGAUUUACUGACUCCGUGAAUUGUGGAGGGGGGAAAAAGUUCUCUAGUCGAGCCUAGAAAUGUUGCAUUUUUUUGGAAGCGUGACAAACUGUCGUCAAAAGCCCUGUACUGCACCGUUUUGAUUUGCUGACCUUUUGUUUCACCUAAUUUCGAAAGGAUUUCAACCUUAUUUUAAAACGUCAUCCCGGUGCAAAUUGUUCGUUCACCCUGGAAAUCCUCAGGUUUUAUGGCCAUUUUAUGGUUUGCGUAUAGAUGUUUCCUUUCUCUUUUUUUCAUUAUCGCCACCUUCUUCGUACGACUGAAAACAGAGAGCGUAGUUGAACCGAAAAUGCCAUCCUAAACCCCAGAACGGAGACCGAUAAGCCUUUCCGUGGUUGCGGAACGAAAAUAUCAGAAGCCCCGUGGAGAGGCGGGAAGGGGUAGACGGAGGUCUUGUGUAACUUAAUCCUCGACAUCGGUUUCUGUAUUGGCAAACACCUCAGCUCUGAAACCCCUUACGCUAGCCCGCUCCCACGGGAUGUGGUCAGAUUGCAUUGUUAUAGAAGAAUUCUUCUGAGGCCUUAUGCUGUUCAGAGCCUAAUUCGAUGUUGGCAAUGUUAACGUUGCACAAGUAACGUACAGUUUAUGGGUGUGAAGCACUGUUUGUUGGUUCUUCUUUUUGGUUUCGUUUGGGGCUCACACCGCUUCCCACCUUCCGUUCGGUUAGCGCUCGGUCGGUGACUCGGUGAAGCGGUUCAGGCUGUCCUCUGUUAUCCUCUGUUUUUCUCUCCCAAUAGGUAGUCUGCAUCCCUUAGGCCUUGAAUGUGGUGGAUGUUGUAUCGUGUACUUUGUAAAACUCUAGGCUUUUUAAAAAAAAAAAAAAAAAAAAUGGAAUGGGAAAGUGAACUGUACCUUGUAAGCUUCUGGUAUGAGUUAUUUUUUUUGCCCCCCCCCCCCCCCCCCCCCUCUAGAAUGGAAGUGUUUAACCUGCUCUGAAAGGCAAGCUUGGAGUGGUGGUGGUGCGGGGGGGAAUAAAGUCCAGUAAACUAAAUGUUCUUCGGUCACUAAAUAUUGUAGCUCCUUUUCCCCGUGGCUCGUGUAAUGAAUAGGUGCUUUUCAAGAGACUCUGUAAUUUGGUACCCUGUACCCCAAUGGAUUAGUCGGUGAUUCUGGUUGCCCGCCACUGCUCACCAGAAGGUCCCAGUUCUCAUCUCUCAUCUCCAAAACGGGGAAGGAACACGUACACGUCCUCCUGCGGGUCUCGUUCGAUAGAAACGGUCACAGUGUAUCUAAACGUGCCACAGACGUAGGAAGAAGAGCUGCUAGGUGUUGUCCUUGCCGUGAUUUAAAGCCUCCGCUCGACACCGUACGUUCCGUCUCGGAAACGGGACGGUCUGAUAGGCGGAGGACUAAAGCUUUCACGGAGUUCCGAUCCAUCGCAUGUAGUUCUGUAACUCUCGGCACAGUGACGCAGCCGCGGUGCGUAUUUUCAUUGCCUCCAGUACCUGGUUCGGGUCGUAGCCCCGCGCAGAGUCUGAGUCCUAACUCCGGCAAGUAUCGAUGAAUUAAGAAGGUUGACGAAUUCCUGAUCGGUCAGCGUACUGGAAGAAAAUAGCUGGGUUUCAACGUGAUGCAUCCGCGCCCUUAAACCGAUAGCAGUUCAGUCACUUGCCAGAGCGGUUGUUUUUAGAGAGAUUGAAACGUACGGCACCUUCUGACAGCGUCACUUCCUCUUCGAACCAUCAGAAGUUAUAGUUGGGACCUGGGGGGGGGGGGGGGGGGCGGGGGGGGGGGGAGAGGCGUAAAACGAGAUUGGGUCCCCUGAAAAUGUGAGGUUAGCAGUUUUAUCCGUGUUGACCGUAUGCAUCUGCGUGUAUUUGUACGUGUGUAUCGACUGGAAAAUAUAGAUCUGUAUAUACACGGACACGCGAUCUGGAACGAGUCUUUUGGAUCCCUCCCCCCUCAGUUGUUGGAGCAUGUCGUAAAAGAGAACUCGAGGUAUUUCGAUCACGCUUCUCAUCGCUGCGGAAUAGGCCACCGUGUUAAGCAUCCGAAUCGUUGGUCUGAGCACAUAUUAAACAUCUGUAGCUGUAUAUAUUUUUUUUUUCUAAGAAAAACUAAAGAAGUAACGGGAAGGGGCAUGGGAUGCAUAUUUAAACGCUUUAAACAUCAACUCUGUGAAAACACCCUCAAAUACUCUCUUUUUUGUUUCUGGGGAAAUGAGUUUUGUGGGGUUCAAAAAAAGUCAUCCAGGAUUUAAAAACAACUUUUAAAAAACCUACAUUUCUCAUUCACUAAAUUUAAUCUCUUCUUGGUUUGCUUAAGUCUUCAUGUACUAUAAAUUCCUGUUUUAGUCUGUCAAUUGUUUAGCAUUAACUCUUGGAAAGACAAAGGUAGAUACAGAAUAUCGUCUGUGGGGGAAAUAAAAAAAAAAAAAAUGAAUACGGUUCUAGUGGCUCUCUCUGUCUUGGGGAAGAAAUGGAAUUUGCUCUGGAUCGAAAGGUGCCUUGCCAAUCCCUUGGAGAAUAAACACUUUAAAAAAAAA